UCCUGGUCCCGAUCGGAUGCUCCAUUUCGCAGCAGUGCAGCACGUCCGAACGAAUUUCGCAUGCUCAGAGUCUGAGACUUUAGGCGGUUGUACAUCUUUCUCUACGCAGUAAAAUGGCAGACUCCAGUGUUUCUUUGACUCAGGAUGAGUUCAGCUGUCCAAUCUGUCUGGAUCUACUGAAGGAUCCAGUGGCUAUUCCCUGUGGACACAGUUACUGUAUGAGCUGUAUUACAGACUGCUGGGAUCAGGAUGAUCAGAAGGGAGUCUACAGCUGCCCUCAGUGCAGACAGACCUUCACUCCUAGACCUGUUUUAGGUAAAAACACCAUACUGGCUGAAGUAGUGGAAAAACUCAAGAUGACAAAACUCCAGGCUGCUCAUCCUGCUCAAAGUCACUCUGGAUCUGGAGAUGUGGAGUGUGACAUCUGUACUGGGGACAAAAACAAAGCCAUCAAGUCUUGUCUGGUGUGUCUGGAAUCUUACUGUCAAACCCAUUUUGAACGUCAUGAAGAAUUUCACUCUGGAAAGCGACACAAAUUGACUGAUGCCACUGGACAACUGCAGGAGAUGAUCUGUCCUCUACAUGAUAAACUGCUGGAGAUUUUCUGUCGUACUGAUCAGCACUGUAUAUGUUAUCUCUGUAUGUUGGAUAAACACAAAAACCAUGAAACUGUAUCAGCUGCAGCAGAGAGGACUGAGAAACAGAUACAAUUGGGUGAAAUGCAGAGAAAAUAUCAGGAGAGAAUCCAGAAAAGACAGAAGGAUAUUGAGGAGCUGAAAGAGGCUGUAGAGUCUCACAAGCGCUCUGCACAGACAGCAGUGGAGGACAGUGAGAGGAUCUUUACUGAGCUGAUCCGCUCCAUUGAGAGAAGCCGCUCUGAGGUGACACAGCUGAUCAGAGAUCAGGAAAAGGCUGAAGUGAGUCGAGCUGAAGGACAACUGGAGCAACUGGAGCAGGAGAUUGAAGAUCUGAGGAGGAGAGAUGCUGAGCUAGAGCAGCUUUCACACACAGACAAUCACAUCCGUUUCCUCCAGAGUUUCCAGUCUCUCUCUGUUUUUCCUGCAUCUACAAACUCACCCAGCAUCAGUUCUCGUCUCUCUUUUGAUGAUAUUAGUAAAUAUGUGUUUCAUCUGAAAGAGAAACUGGAGAAUUUCUGCAGAGAGGAGAUAAAAAAGAUAUCUGGUAGAGUAACAUACAUCGCAGUCAUUCCCACCUCUGAGCCCAAAACCAGGGAGGAAUUCCUUCAAUAUUCUCAUCAACUCACUCUGGAUUUAAACACCGUGAAUAAGAAUCUCUGUCUGUCGGAGGAGAACAGAGUGAUUGAAUACACUCGUGAAGAACAGCUGUAUCCAGAUCAUCCAGACAGAUUUGACGGUUUUCUUCAGGUGUUGUGUAGAGAGAGUGUGUGUGGACGCUGUUACUGGGAGGUUGAGUGGAGUGGUUCGGUUUAUAUAACAGUGUCAUAUAAGAGAAUCAGCAGGAAGGGACGGGGAAAGGAGUGUGAGUUUGGUUGUAAUGAUCAGUCCUGGAGUUUGUACUGCUCUGACUCCAGCUGGUCAUUCUGGCACAACAACAGAUGGACUAAAGUCCCUGAAGUGUCCAGCUCCUCUAGAAUAGGAGUGUAUGUGGAUCACAGUGCAGGAACCCUGUCCUUCUACAGCGUCUCUGACACAAUGACCCUCAUCCACAGAGUCCAGACCACAUUCACUCAGCCUCUCUAUGCUGGGUUUGAGUUCAGUUCAUUAUGUAAAAGUGUAUCAAAUGUUAAACUAUGUAAGCUAUAAAUAAGGUACAACCUCAUUGCAUAUAAAUUUCAUAUUACCGGUAACAGUUUAAGCUUCAUGAUAAUUUAGCAACUUGGAUACUGGAGUCUUUUACUUUCUAAUAAACAAAUCAACACUGAUCAUCUCACUAAAAAAAGCUUACUGAAAAAUAUCUCAUAUGAUCUAACAAUGAUAAAAAUGAAUACUAAAAUUGGCUUGGACAAUACAGAUAGAGAAUAGAAUACACACUGUGUUCUAGUCUUCAGAGGCUGAUUCAAUUUCACAUUCAACAACCCACUGUGUACAUUGUUAUAAAACAGGUUUUAUAAAAAUCAAUUGAAGUUGAAGUGAAUAAUACCCAGCUGUAUCACCCAGGUGCAGGUUUUUAGGUUUCACACAACGAUAUUCUUAUACUAUAUGUUUUAGUAAAAUGUAUGUUUAUUUAAUCUAGAGACAAUAUCUGUAAGUUUUGCAACAGACAGAUAAAUCUUAUUGGUCUAGCUACUUUGUUGAUCAGUAUUAGUAAGUCAAAAUAUAUUUUGCUUGAUUAGAUUUAAUUAGGAGUCCUAAAACCUCCCUGUAUUUUGUUUAUUUUCACAUUGUGAUUGUGUGUUUCUGCUGAUGUAUUCUAUUUUACUACAAAAUCUCAGUAACACUGGGUACAGUUCACCCAAUAAACAUCCCUACU